AUGGCCACGGCAUCCCGCACAGCCGCUGACCUCGGCAGCAACUGCCUUCCUCCCGUCGGGCCCUCGAGGGCCUCCAGGCUUUAUUUGCCUCCCUCCGAGGCAGGGGAGCGCGGACAGCCCGGGCUCAACCAGGAACGCCGCUGGGACUCAGCGCUGGAUGGAACAACCCUCCCGGCUCGGGACAUCCCGGGGGACCAGCUGCACCGCCUCCCGGGACGCUACCAUGCAUCCGCCGGGAACGCCGCUAGUCCAAACCUUCCUUACAUCCCAAACAAGUGCCUUUCUCAGGAGCAACCCGGGGGGCUGCCGGCAUCCCAGUCAGCGUCCGGUCGUGGCGCGGCGCCCCCCGAGCAGGAGCCGCUCGGCGCCAGCGGCCCGGACGCGAAGGGUUCCCGCGGGUCCCAGCCGGCCGCCAAGAAGGUGAAGGGAGCUGAGGAGCGGAGCCUGAAGGGCGCGAAGCGCGUCAACGGCGAAGGGGGCGGCGGUGGCGGCGGGAGCGCCAAGCAGCCGCUGCCCGCGGUCGUGCCGAGCUACGGCGGCCCCGCGCCCUGGGGCUUCGCCGCGCUGCCCUCGGGCCCCUCGGCGAGCGCGGGGCUUCGCCUUCCCUGCCCCGCUGCCCGGAAGCUGCUGCCGCCCGCGGUGCUGCUGCCGCCGUCCGCCUCCCCCUCCUCGUCCCACCCGCAGCACCAGCACCGCCACCACCGGCACCGCCUGGCGCUGGCAGCAGAGCCGGGGGGCGGCGGGAGCGGCGGGAGCGCCAAGCCCAAGAGCAAGGAAAAGCGGGACAAGGAGAGGAGGAAGCACGGGGCGCUGCCCGUGGUGGCGGCAGCGGCGGGAGAUGGCGGCGGGGGCCUGAGGGGAGGGAACGGGGAGGUGAAGCUGCUGUUCCCGAAAGCUCAAAUCAAAGACAAAGUUAAAGAAAGGGAAAAGAAGCAAAAAGAGAAGAAGAAGCAUAAAAUAAUGAAUGAAAUCAAGAAAGAAAUGGAGAGAUCAAUUAUUGCAGAAAGAUUUUUCCUCUCAACAGGUGGGAAGGAGAAACCAAAAACCAAUGCAGAAGAGCUGCAGAUUAAAAAAGUUAAGAAGAAAAAGAAAAAUAAAGAGAAUGAGAAGAGGAAGCGUCCAAAAAUGUACAGCAAAUCCAUUCAGACCAUCUGCUCAGGAUUGGUUUCUGAUAUUGAGGAUCAGGAAACCAAAGGCAUCAUAGAUGAUCAUCUUAAGGAUUUCAGUGGGAAAAAUAUGGAUCCCAAGAAGGACUGUGAGUCCAAGAUACCAGAGAACAGUGAGUUUCCAUUUGUCUCGUUAAAGGAGCCACGGGUUCAAAAUAAACUCAAAAGGUUGGACACAUUGGAGUUCAAACAGCUGAUUCAUAUUGAGCACCAGCCUAACGGAGGUGCAUCAGUUAUCCAUGCCUACAGUAAUGAACUCCACUUGUCUCCUGUGGAGAUGGAGAGAUUUGCAGAAGAGUUUGUGGGUCGUUUUAGUGAAAAUGAAAACUGUGCAGCUUACUAUGUAAUGGGUAUUGUUCAUGGGGCAGCUACUUAUUUACCUGACUUAGACUACUUUUCGUUUAAUUUUCCCAAUUCACCAGUGAAGGAGAUUUUGGGAAAGAAAGAUAUAGAGACAACGACUAUGUCAAAUUUUCAUGCUCAGGUAAAAAGAACAUACUCUCAUGGUACGUAUAGAGCUGGCCCAAUGAGACAGAUCAGCCUGGUUGGAGCAGUUGAUGAGGGUGGGGAUUACUUCCCUGAAUUCCUUGAUAUGUUGGAAGAAUCACCCUUCUUAAAAUGUACACUGCCAUGGGGAACACUUUCUAGUUUAAAAUUAGAGAGUCGUAAAGACAGUGAUGAUGGUCCCAUUAUGUGGGUACGUCCAGGAGAACAGAUGAUCCCUGUGGCUGACAUGCCAAAGUCACCUUUCAAAAGGAAGAGAACUACCAAUGAAAUAAAAAACUUGCAGUACCUACCUCGAACCAGUGAACCCCGUGAAAUGCUAUUUGAAGACCGGACACGAGCCCAUGCGGAUCACAUAGGACAAGGCUUUGAACGACAGACUACAGCUGCUGUGGGAGUGUUGAAGGCUGUGCACUGUGGGGAGUGGUCUGAGCAGCCUCGUAUAACCAAAGAUGUAAUUUGUUUUCAUGCUGAGGACUUCUUGGAGGUAGUUCAGCGAAUGCAGUUAGAUUUGCAUGAGCCUCCACUCUCACAGUGUGUCCAGUGGGUUGAUGAUGCAAAACUUAAUCAGCUGCGAAGGGAAGGCAUCCGAUAUGCCAGAAUCCAGUUAUUCGAUAAUGACAUUUAUUUUAUCCCAAGGAAUGUUGUGCACCAGUUCAAAACAGUCUCAGCUGUGUGCAGUUUGGCUUGGCACAUCCGGCUCAAGCUCUACCAUUCAGAGGAAGAACUCUCUCAAAACAUGAGUACUGUUGAAGCAGAGACCUCUGCAGACCCCAAGUCUUCGGUUGCUGGACUUCAGACUGACAAGAGAGUUUGUACCAUGGGCAAAGAUACCUCUGAAGACACCAAACUCUCAGAUGCUCUGCAGACCAAGUACCUGCAGCAGGAAUUUAUGCCGAUAAAACACGAACCUCUUACAUCUCACCAGAUAAAAGAAGAGCCCAUGAAUGUCGAUCUUGCUGAAAAGACCGUGGCCCCUAAUGACGUCGGGGGACAGAAUGUUCAGUCUAGGCUGGAUCACGUUGAGUUGACAUCAUUAAAGUUGGAAAUGGAUUCUAAAUUUGAACCUGGCAACAAGGACUUGCAAGGCAAGUUGUGCUCCGGAGGUCACGUACAUCCAGAUGAUACAAGACAACAUAGUUCAUCAUAUCCAAAACUGCAUGGACAAAGAGAGGAUGAUUUUUUGUGCUAAAUUUGUAUAUAUGGUUUUAAAUUCCUUUUUAAACUUAAUGAUGUAAUAAUGUAAAGAUCAUAAAUUGUGAGGCAAGCUUGUGACUUGCCUUCGCAUCUGUUACAGAAAAUAGUUAUGUAGCUUUGUAACAUUCCUCAGUGCCUGUCCAUAACUGUGAAGUAUCAAAGCACUUAGGGCCAGAUGCACUGUAAACACUGCAGGUUUAACAUAAAGAAGUCUUUAAAUAAUUUUGAGUUGUAGGUUUUAGAGUAGAGCUGACAUUUAACAUAUAUAUUUUUUGUAAGAUGAGCCAGAAUUCUUUUUGACAAUUCCAGGCUUUUCCAUAGAGCUUAUUUAUACCAAUUUUUUCAUUUUAAAUGUGUCAGCACUGUAGUGUAAAUAUCUUUUUUAAAAAUCUUUUUAGUGUGAUUUAUACUGAAAUGUGAGCCGCUUAAUAAAGGUUCAUAAUAACAGAUUGGUUUUAUUUUUGGGUCUGCAAAAAAUAAUUCAGUUAAACUGCCUCUCUUAAGUGGUUGUGUUUCUACCUGCACUAAUGCAUAGGAUGCCCUUACACCUUGUGGGUGAGGAGCUGUAGCAAACUGAGGUAGAGCUGAGGCAUCUUUGUAAAUGCAGAUUAGUCAGAAUGCAGAAUCAGUCAUCCCUUCAUAGGACUCCUUACAGGUGCUUGUUCAAGGCACUCCCCAAACUCCUGCUGUCAGAUAUGAAUUGGAACAGAGACAAACUGCCCUCCUUGUUGUGGGGGCACCUGGUGGUCUCCAGGAGCGCUGCCAGUACCCACCUGCAUCUCUCCAGAGGAGCUGGUGCAAGGCAGCUAUCUCCCUUCUGUGCCUGCCUCUUCAUCGUGCUCAAGGCACAGUUAAGACAGUUCCAUUUCACAUGGAAAAAAACCCUGGCAAAACAAACCAAAAAAGCAACCGUCCCCUCAAAUCGGUAAUCUGACUAAAGUUAAAACACAUAAUAUUUAAAUGGUUACUUAUCAAGCUACGAAGGCCUCAACUUUAGCAGUGACCUGUGAUUCACAGAGACAUAUCUGGAUUUGAAUUGCUCCCUGUGCUGACAGUGCCAGGCAGUAAGGAUACUUGCCAAUGUGUAUAGUAGGAAGGUUUCUCAUGAGUCACAGUUUGGAAGCAGGAGGUGUUCCAUUAAGAAAAUAACAGCGGUGUCCAAGUUAACUGUUCUCCUGCCCCACCUAUGGAACACUUGGAUUCUCUUAGGCUGUGUUCUGAGGGAAGAGGGUUUUGAGGCUAGCUAGCAUCUGAUGUGGUAAUGGCAAAACUCUGUCACUUAACUUAUUUCUUCUCUGUGUAAUGUAUUCCUGUGUAGUUCAAACACAGCUGAACGAUGUGUCUUUUUCCGAUAGCUUCACAUAGCAGUAAACUUCCCUGAGCAUGUCCUUCAGCUAAGUAUGUAAAACUUAAGAUCAAAGGCCUGUUAUUUUCAAAGCCCUCUGUAUCUGAUUUUUGUUUGGAUUUUUCUGUAGAACUUUCUGGAAGUUGUACAUCCUUAUGUACCCAAUUUAUAACUUUCAGUGCACUUGGUGAUCACUUGGCUUGAUUUGUAGCAAUAGAACAACACGAUUUUCAGGUGAUGUCUAAUUCAACUUCCUGAGAUCCUUCUGUUGCAAAUGUUUUUUGCUUAUGGAUUGUGAAAAUCUAAAAUGUACUCACACCUGGCACUAAAAUCAGCUAUUUAAUGGAUGAGUGCCCUGAUUUGUUUAAUCUAAAAUAGGUCUGUCAAGGAAUUACUAAUUAAAUCAAUAUUUGAAUUGCUAAACAUUACUCCUACAUAGCCAUAAUUACAUAUUAGAGAAGCAAUAGAAACGUGAGUCUCUUGGAUGUGGCUAAAACAUCCUCAAGUCUUACUGCUGUUUUCUUUGAUGCUGGCUAAGAGAUUACUACCAGUUUUGCAGCCUCAGGGAUCUUGCUUUCCCCUCACGCCAUGAGCAGAUUCAUGUGUGACAUGGUAAAUCAUUACUCUGGCAAACUCUGAUUUGAAAAAAUUGGUUCAUGUAAGAAUUUGAGCUUUCCUGAUAGUAGGAAUGUGGUCUCAGCUCCCUUUGUGUUUUCUGGAUUAUCUGGAACCUUCCACCCGUAAUCUCUUUGGCUGUAUGAACAUCCGUACACAAUUACGUAGCCUUCCAUUCCUGUUCUCUGUGCUGGCCGUGGCAGAACAGUGACAGCGCAGAGCUGCAGGUUGUAGUUUGCACCAAGUGUGAAGCUCUCCAGGGGGAUUAGCCAAAGACUCCAGCUUUAGCAAAACCAGCCUUGCCAGAUACUGCUUUUUAAAAUCAAAUACAGACAAAACAACCCCCCCAAACUAUUCAGUUGACUUAAAAUAGAAAUGUUACCAGUGUGCUGGUGAUGCAUGUGCUGACCAUUCCUGCUGGUUCAAGUAAUGUUUUGUAACCUCUCAGAUUUUAGUGAAGUGUGUACACCCCCUGGGACAGCUGAUAACUUUCUGCAGCAUAGGCCCUGUCCAGACUGAAAUAAUAAAUCUGUGAAAACGGUUUAACAAAUACGACUUUACACUUAAGAGUAGAACUUUGUUUCCUUUUGAAGACCUGCUCAGUGGUCUUGGCUGACGUGGCCUCAGACUUAUGUUCAGGUACCUCUUGGUUCUGAGAUUUUACUUUUAAACUGUCACAUCUUCAAACCAUUUUUUUAUCACUUUCAGAAUUUUAAGAGAUUCAGAAAAGUGGCAGUUUUUUUGUGAUUUUUAUGCUUUCUUUCAUUUUUUUUUGAGACAGCCUAGAUUCUCACUUCUGUCAGAAUUCCUUGCAGACAGCAUAUAAACCAUGCUGGGAUUACCAAUGCCUACGAGACCUCCCUUUGCAUUCACAGGUGUCAGCUUUUAAAAGAAAAAACAGAAGUAUUGUCCUCUCCCUGUGGUGUGUCCAUUUUGAUGGGUUUGUUCUUUGAGGUGGGAGUAGUCCUGAAAAUUUCACCUCCCAAAUUCUUCAUUAGACUGACAAAGGUCUUGCUUUGAUUUUAAGUGGUCCUGUGCUAUAACCUUUAUUCCUGUUGCAUAUAACUUCAUCUUCAGACUUUUGCUUCAGCAAUAAAUCUUUCAUGCCUUUUGAUGUACUGAAAUUAGUCCUUGCUUGUUGAUUUUGCCCCUUCUCUGGAUUUUGGCGAUGCAUAAAUCUUUGUUAUUUUGGCUGAGAUCUCCAGUUUUAGUUGCCUCUCUUGGCCCUUGUUCUUGUGCAGAUUGGAGAGAUCUGCCCAAGGCCUGUGGCCUGACUGUGGCAGUGUUGACAUCUCCGUGCACUUGCAAUGGCAUCCCAGUUAAUGACAUGAUGUGCAGAAAUUUAGAUGUUUUCCUAGAUCCUCGUACAUAUUUUUGGGUAGCAAAGAACUGCAUUGUUAUGGUUGCUACCAAGAGCUUUCAAGGGGGUAGCUGCCACUUCUUUUUUUUCUUUGUAUUACUGGAUCUUUUACAUUUCACUGGCAACUGACUUCGUGUGUUACAUUCAAGUGUUACUCAGUGUUGUGUCACCCCCAGCCCUCCAAAUGCCUGCAAAUUGACUCUGAAAGAACAUUCUCGUUACAGGUACUGCUGGCAUGCAGAUUUUCCCUUCCUUGUUACUGUAGUGAAUAUUUCAAUACUACUUUAACUGAAAUAUUAAUUCUAUCUAGUAUUAGAAAUAAAGUAUUGUUUCAGAGGGUGAUGAUUUAAUUACUCAUCUGUGAAAGAAUUCCUUGGUGAUAAAUAAAGUUGAUUUUUACGCAGAUAUACAUGUGCACAGUAAAUAAGUUGGAAUUGCAAAUUAUGUAGGAAACGGAAAUUUGAAGUAGUAGAAUGCUGUGAAACAGAUUCAAAACAUUACAAAUUUGGAAAAAUGAAUAAGUCUUCCAAGAAACACAGGACUGGUAUUCAUAGAUCAAAACUACUGCUUUCUGAGAUCUGCAUGUGAAUGAGGAUGCUGAAUUGACUGAAAUAAAUCCAUGAUUUUUUUCCUUGCUCAUGGGCAAAAUAAACUGUUGUGAGAGUAGACUGCCACGUGACCCUGCUAGGCUGAAAACUGUACUCAUUCUGGUCAAGAGAUCAAAGAACUCUUAACUCUCUUGUUCUAAAGUUCAAGCUUCUCAAGUGUCAUUUUACUUGUUUCCUUCUAGUGGUCAGGUAGGUAGAGAGCCUUGUCUUUAGUCAGCCCAGCGCCUGUACCUUGCCCUGGAUGUGUCCAAGCUGGAAAUGGAAAGGACAAAUUUUCACUGCUCUCUGCUUUGCUGUGAAUGACUGUCGAGAAUGUUUUCUUUGAUUAUGAGUCACUGUGUUCAGCUGAUACUUUAUUACUUUCUUAAACAGAUGAAAUGCACUUUAAAACUGUAUAAUAGAAGAUACUGAUAUUUUGUGCAGAUCCCACUGAAUUUGCAGCAUAUGUGGGAAAAUUUGGGAAACUGAUUCCCAUCAGUCACUCAUUUCAUUUUUCUUAGAAAUGCAAAUUAUUUUGUGUUCUGUUCAGAAGCAGUGAUUAACUUCACAAUAUCUAGGCUGCUGUUUCUGUUAGAAUCAUCAGGGAUACUGACUUUGCAAAUUUAGUGUAUUAUAUUCUAACCACUGUUUUUCUCUGUGCUUUGAUGCUGAUAUUAUCUCUGCUUUGGAGCCGUGCUGUACUUGAGUGCCAGCUAAACACUGAUCUUCUCUUGUUCUGGUCAUGCUGAUAGAUGAGCCUACUGAUGGGGGCGUUAGUCCUAAAUAGUUCUUUAAUAUUUGAUGUACAGUUAUCUGAUACAAACAUUGAUUAAAACAGCAGUUUAAACUUCUAUUUUUAUCAAGUUUGGUUUUUCAGUAGCUAUUUUGAUACCGUGUUUUCUUUUACCAUUUAAUUUGCUGCCCACCAGAAUGAUGGUGCCGUGUUGGGUAGAGCUCAGGCCUGUGCUUUUUAUGGAAGUCUUUUUUAUCUGGUUGAGACAAAAUGGGGCUGAGAAGGUUAUUCCCUGUGUGUCUCAAGAUGAAAAUCUUGAGAAUUAGAUCUGUGUGUGGGAGACUAAUGUAACAUAAGUCAAGACUGCUAAAGCUUUAUCCUAAGCACACAAUGACAACACUCAGGUAGUUGCCCUUUUGACUGAUGCAGUUGGGAAAAAAAACCAGUUGAGACUAAAAAACAUCUUUUAGCAGUGGUUUCUUUAUGAAAUUCAGAAGGAACACUGAGAUAAAAACUAACCCAGAUGAAUUAAGCUCACAUUUUCCUUUCUUCUCUGUUUCUUGCUCUUAAGCUGUUGUUCUGCACUGUAUGGAGACCUGUCUUGUAUUUGCCUGCUCGGGAUGUUGGUUUUGUUAGGAAAGGCAGAUUGAAGGGAAUGGCUUUACUGAGUUGCAGAUUUUCAUAGUCUUUAUCCAACUUCAGUACAAAUACAAGGAGAAAAUGUAGAAUUUAUACUGAACAGUUGUAGUGAUCCAGCUGCAGAGAUUCCUUAAAUUGCCUUAGUUCUCAAAGCCUGAUGUUUUUCAGCAGCAAGGUCUGUUCAGGUCUAAAAGGCUCAUAUAGGAGAUGAACUCCAUCCAAACCCUGAAACAAUAAAGGUACAGUGAAAAGGUACAAACACUCUUUUCCCAACUUAGCAUAGUUAUUUUUACUUCAAUCUUAUUUAAAAGUGAUGUGUUACAUGAUAGUACUAUGUUUUCUGUGCUAGUAAAUUCAAACAACUUAUUUCUGAGGAUGCAGUUGUUCAGGAGCUUUAUUACUGAAAAGCCAUGUUAUUUGUUCCCAAAAUAAUACUGAUGUUAAGAUAGGAAACACCUGACGUUAAAAUUUUGAGUUUCUGGGAGUCUCAUAAUUUUAACUUUCAGUUUCACUUUGUGUCACCCAACUUUUAAACCGGGCAAAUGUGAAAAUUUCCAUGAGGUUACGCAAACAUUUUGCUUCUGUGCUAGACACAGAUAUGUCAGAAGAUAGUACUGAUAACACAUAUUUUAAAUUGGUUGUGUCCCUCAGUCCUGUGCCCACUUACUCUGAUAUUGUCCUUCAUGCCUAGCAGAGCAUUUUGUGUGUGCACACACAUUCUUAGAGCAUUCAGGUUAAACUUCAUUAUACAAGGGGAUGUUUAUGUCACAUAACUGCAUUUUGCCAGUAUAAAAUGAACAGAAAACUGGAUACUGUCCUAAAUGGUGACAAAUCAAGAAAAGCAGUAUGAAUUAGUAAUUGAAAAUAAUAGUUUCAUGGCCUUUCGCACACGCGCAUUGAGUAUUUAAUCAGAUAAGAACAGAUACUCACCUGCAAUGGAUGCUGAAGUGUUCAAACUUCUGUAAGUGAUUGGAAGAGAAAUAAAUUAUGUGGAAUAUACCUCUUCAUAUACAAUACAUAUUAUCAGUACAGAUAAAUACUUCUAUUUCAUUUCAGCAAGCUUUUGAAUUCCAGUUUAAAACAAAGCUGCUGAAGGCCAAGUUCUGUGCCCCCCCAUCAGCUGCCACAGGGAGCUGAGACAACGUCCUCGUGCUCCUUCCUCACAAAGCAGUGUGAGCCAGCUCGGCAUCAGCCUCUCCUGUUCCCUGCAAACUCCAGCAAAUCUGCUUUUCACUUCUUUUGUCCUGUUAAUUUAAUUAAAGAUCAGUUUGGUAAAUUUAAGGAAAUGUGUGAGCAGCACUGGUUCCACUCCCAAGCUGUGACCAGUGCCUUUGAGAACAGGGUAAUAAACAGGUGUAAUUAGUUCCCACAGCAGCUUCUGGAAAGGUCACUGUGGGCUGCAGUAUACUUUGUAUCAUAAAUCCUUUUGAAUGAAGUUCUGAUGUCUCGGAGAAGCAACACUAUGUACAAAAAGUGGCACAGUUCAGGUCAGUUACAUGUGAUAAAAAAAAGUCAAAAGGGAUAUUCCUCUUGUCCAAGUAUACCUGUAAGGACAAGGAACUUGGAAAGUCGAGCACUUCCAGCUGGCUCUGUGUGACUUCUCCAUGACACCAGCAAGAAACAUCUGCUUCAGCUUUCAAAAUCUCUCACUUAUUUCAAGGUUUGUAAACCUUAAAAAAAAAAAAAAAAAGACAAACCCACAACCAAAACUGAACUUGUUGCUCUUUUCCUAUUGAAUUAGAGGCAGGAAUUAAAAGGAGAUUUGUAAUAACUGUGUGUGUUUCUAGUUAAUUAGAGAUGCCAAACUUUCAGAUAAUUGUUACAUCUGAGGAAGAGAAGGGGUUUAUUAAGGGGGCAGAGUCAUCAUUCAUGGCCCAUCUUGCUAAUAAUACACCAAGUUCUAAUGAGGCCAGUUCUUAUUCUUCCAUCAUUUAAGUUAUAACAAUCAGUUCCCAUCCCCAGCUUGGCUGAGGAAAGCUGCUCUGCGCUUCUGAGCAGUGUGGGGGUGUUUGACAUCCUGUGAACAGGGCUUUUUGGAUUUUUAUUCUGUGAGAAUCAUCGGAUGGGGAAGGACUGUGAGCACUCAGUUUUAUGCUUGGUCCCAUACCAUACCCAAGGUAAGUGUGUGUGUUGCCUGGUGCUCAUCACCCAGGGCUGGGUCCAUGGGUUUGUGUUAUUUUUUAAUUUGCUUACAAUAAAGGGGUUAUAAAUAUUUUGCACUUUUUUGACAAUGGCUGUGGUUUAGAUUUCUUUUGUCUUUGUCCCUUCUUUGUUUCCCCUUUGGCAAGGUCAACCAUGCUGAGGCAAAGAUGACUUAAAUUCUUUCUAAAGAUCAUUUGUUACCUGAUGUUUUCAAUUGAGAUCCAUUGCCUUAGAGUGGAACAUGUUUUUUUCUUGGACACUGCUGAAAGAGCUUUAUCUGCCAGUAUGGUUUCCCUGUAUUUUUACCCAUGUCUGUGUGAUUAAAUAGCAAGAGUAAAUCCAAACACUUCAGGAAGGAUUUUUUUCCACAGAGAAGUACAUUGAGUGUCCAUAAUUAAAAUUUUAUCAGUGAGACACUUUGAUCUCGUCAUGUCCUGUUACCCUAGACUGUUUUUCCUGGGCUCUUUUCACUCACUUGACAUUCUUUUGUCUCUAGGAACUGUAAAUGGAUCAGUACCUUCAGUGUGCAUGUUAAUAAUGUCCUAGACAACUGCUACAUUUGAAUUUGGUGUUACUGUAGCGCCUGGAAGAGCACUUUAGUCCACAAAAUAUGCUCAUAGUUCCAUUUUCCCCCUUGUUCAUUUGUUACCCUGAACAGUUCAUUUACUCACAUCUGAGUUUGCCAUUGCUCCAUAAAGCCAAGGGUUCACCCCCAAAGAUUUCCUAUCCUCAGGCAUUGAAAACUGUCUUGUUCAAGUACCACUUUGGGCAGGUACAAAUGCAGCACUGAACUCACCCUGUGGCUCCAGUCUCUUGCAGCACUGGGGAUUUCUCACUUGGAAAGGAAUCACCAUUGUCUCCCUCUUUUCUGGAUCUUAGGACUGCUUGCACAGUUCAGCUACUAACCUUUUUCCCUAGGGUUGACAUACUGGUUAUUGGCUGUUUCCGUAGCUUAGGAAAUAGUGCUUAUUUUUAGACUGGCAGUGGAGUCUCACUGUCAAAAGUAAAACCAAACUGAGUCACUUUAUUGCUUUUUUGCUCUUAUUUGGCAGCUGUCAACUGUUACUGAUUGUUAAAGCAAAUUAUGCUCAUUAUGGAAAUUACUGUUACCUGGUUAUUUCUUGACUUAUAGCAUAAGUAGCAGAAAAUGUUAGUCCUCUUUCCAAGGAUUACUCAAUGUGCUGAACACCCUGGGUACAACAUUUGUGGUUCCUUUGAGAAGAUCUUCUACCUGCUUGUAUCUUAUUCCAUGUAACAAAUAAUAGUAAUCAUACUAGAACAGCUUAUGUUGAACAAAUACUUUUAUUUACAAGAGCAUAUGUGAUAGUUUUAAAAUAAAAAAAUGGAACAAGUCUA